AUGUCUUUGAAGAUGUCCACAAAGGCUGAAAGAAAUGCAAUUGGAAUUGAUCUUGGAACAACAUACUCCUGUGUUGCUGUCUGGUUUGAUAAGCAUAAUCGAAUUGAGAUCAUUCCUAAUGAACAAGGUAACAAGAUUACUCCAUCAUGCGUAGCUUGGAAUGAGACAGAAUUCUUAGUAGGUGAGGCAGCCAAAAAUCAAAUCAGCAGAAAUCCUAAAAACACAGUUUUUGAUGUUAAACGCUUAAUGGGAAGCCAAUUCAGUGAAACUAGGGUGCAGAAUGACAUUAGAUCAUGGCCUUUUAAGGUAGUUGAAGGGUCUGAUGAUAAGCCAAUGCUUGUGAUUGAAAACGGGGAAGAAAUUAAGAAGCUUUCACCUGAAGAAAUAUCGUCCAUGAUUCUAAAAAGACUGAAAGAGUCUGCUGAAGCAUUCAUCGGAACAACAUGUACAGAUGCAGUGAUUACUGUUCCUGCAUAUUUUAGUGAUAGACAACGACAGGCAACUAAGGAUGCUGCUACACUGGCCGGCCUCAAUGUCAUGCGUUUGAUUAGUGAGCCCACAGCAGCAGCAAUCGCUUAUGGAAUAGAUAAGAGUGCUGACAAGAAUCGUCAAGAAAAGAAUGUUUUGGUCUUUGAUUUGGGUGGAGGAACAUUUGACGUGUCUCUUCUUAAUAUCAGCAAGGCUGGCAACAUUAGUGUUAAAGCUGUGGGUGGUGACACUCAUUUAGGUGGCGAAGAUUUUGACAACCUAAUGGUGAAUUACUGUGUCCAGCUAUUCAUGAAGAAAGAAAAGGACAUGAGUAAGAAUGCAAGAGCAAUGGUGAAGUUGAAAGUUGCUUGUGAAAAAGCGAAGAGGGAUCUGUCAUCAACCACCCUAACAUCAAUUGAAAUUGAUUCCUUGCACGAGGGAAUUGAUUUUUGUAUGAAAUUCACGAGGGCAAAAUUCGAGGAGCUAAAUGCAGCUUUCUUCAAGAUGUGUAUCAAGCAUGUGGAGAAUUGUUUGAGAGAUGGGAAUAUGCAUAAGAAAGAUGUUGAUGAUGUAGUUAUUGUUGGUGGGUCUACACGGAUUCCCAAAGUACAACAAAUGUUGAUGGACUUCUUUGACUCAAAGCCACUAUGCAAGAGCAUUAACGCGGAUGAAGCUAUUGCUUAUGGGGCAGCGGUGUUGGCUGCAAACUUAGGUGGUAAUGGAAAUGAAAGUGUGCGUGGAUUGAUAUUACAAGAUGUGACGCCUCUCUCCCUUGGCAUUGAGAGCGAUUGGAUUGAAAUGAGUGUUGUGAUCCCAAGGAACACACCCAUACCCACCAUCAAGCAGCGCAGUUACAAGACAUUAUUGGACAACCAAGUGAUUAUGAAAAUCGCUAUAUAUCAGGGGGAGAGCAAAAAGGCCAAAGAAAACAUCUUCCUUGGCUCGUUUGUGCUUCCUGGCAUUCCUCCAGCCCCUGCAAGGGAACAAAAGGUAAAGGUUUGCUUUAACAUAGACGCCAAUGGUAUUCUCAAUGUCUCCGCUGAAGUGAAAUCCACAGGUCAUACAAAAAGUAUAAGAAUUGAAAAGUGGAACUUUCUCUAA